CUGGACUCACCGGGCCGGGGGCUGGGGUGGGACCCGGCGGGCGCCAUGGAGCUGCUCUCGGCGCUGAGCCUGGGCGAGCUUGCGCUCAGCUUCUCGCGGGUGCCCCUCUUUCCUGUCUUCGACCUUAGCUACUUCAUCGUCUCCAUUCUCUACCUCAAGUAUGAGCCAGGAGCAGUCGAGCUGUCCCGGCGCCACCCCAUGGCAUCCUGGCUGUGUGCCAUGCUGCAUUGCUUCGGGAGUUACAUCCUGGCUGAUCUGCUCCUCGGGGAGCCCCUGGUCGACUACUUCAGCAACAACUCCAGCAUCCUGCUGGCCUCAGCAGUCUGGUACUUGAUUUUCUUCUGCCCCUUGGACCUCUUUUACAAGUGUGUCUGCUUCCUGCCGGUGAAACUCAUCUUUGUGGCCAUGAAGGAGGUGGUGAGAGUCCGCAAGAUCGCCGUGGGCAUCCAUCACGCGCAUCACCACUACCACCACGGGUGGUUCGUCAUGAUCGCCACUGGCUGGGUCAAAGGCUCUGGUGUCGCCCUCAUGUCCAACUUUGAGCAGCUGCUCCGAGGGGUUUGGAAGCCAGAGACCAACGAGAUUCUGCACAUGUCCUUCCCCACCAAGGCCAGCCUGUACGGAGCCAUCCUCUUCACCCUCCAGCAGACCCGCUGGCUCCCAGUGUCCAAAGCCAGCCUCAUCUUCAUCUUCACCAUGUUCAUGGUAUCCUGUAAGGUGUUCCUGAUGGCCACUCACUCCCACAGUUCCCCUUUUGAUGUUCUGGAAGGCUACGUCUGCCCUGUGCUGUUUGGGUCGGCCUGGGGGAACGACCAUCACCAUGACAACCACGGUGGAUCCCAGGGCGGCAGUGGGCCCGGCUCCUCGCACUCAGCCCUGCCCACCAAGUCCAAGGAGGAGCUGAGUGAGGGCUCCAGGAAGAAAAAAACCAAGAAGGCAGAUUAGAGGGCAGCGCUGGGGGCAUUCAGGGCACCAAGGAGAGGACCCAGACCCAGGACCUGGGCUCAGUUCUCCCCUCUCCAGGCCUCUACUUCCCCAUCUACAAAUUGGAGCCAUUAGCCCACCCUCCAGGGCUGAUGCGGGGGUUAAAUGAGAUAUGGGGGUGAAGGGCAUUUGUAGGAAUGGGGGGGUCCCUUUCUUUUUCUGCCAGGUCCCCAUAGAGUUACAGCUUUGCGGGGGGGAGUUCACAGAAUCCCAGCAGCAGCUCCAGCCGGAAACCCUGGCAGUUAUGUUCUUGGUUCUAUUAUUUCCUCUCUAAAAUUACACCUUGACUCCAAAAGAA